AUGGCCUUUGACGACUGGAGCGAACUGAAUAAUUUCCUGAACAACGACAGAAACAAAACGGAACGUUUCCUCGGACUGCUAUUCAACAAUUCUCAGUAUAACGGUACCUUUCGCAGCCCAUCAAUAUUUCGAAAAGACAAAGUAGCAGAAAACAGCAUAUUGAUCAUCGCCUACUCCAUACUGUGUGUCAUAUCUCUCUUUGGCAAUUCUCUAGUGUGUUAUGUGAUUUUAAAAAACAAACGUUUGCACACUGCCACCAAUUUCUUCAUAGCCAAUCUAGCCAUAUCGGACCUGCUGGUGACGUGCCUGAACGUCCCAUUCAACAUCAUCCGUCACAUGAUGGACGACUGGCUGCUGGGCGACUUCUUGUGUAACCUGGUGAACUUCUCGCUGAUGGUGUCCGUGUACGUCUCCACGUACACCCUGACAGUGAUCGCCAUCGACCGGCACAGGCUCGUCCUCACGCCGCUCUCAUUCCGCAUGUCCAAACUCAGAGCGGUCUGCAUUCUAGGCUUCGUCUGGAUCGGCGCCAUUUCUCUCGCACUGCCUUAUGGGAUAUACCAGAAGGUGAAGGACGUGAACCUGAUUUACACGACGGUGAGGCGGUGUCGGACGGAAUACCCCGAGCCCAGCGAUAUGUUCGAGCAGUACCUGACGGUGUUAACCAUUAUUAUGCAAUACUGCACGCCGCUCACUCUGAUCGCCCUAGCGUACGGACGGAUAGUCCUCAGACUGUGGGCUCGGACGCACGUGGGUGCGGUCACGGCUCACCAGCAGCUGUCCCAGCAUAACGCGAAGAAGAGGAGUAUAAAACUGCUCAUCACCGUCGUGGUGGUGUUCGCCUUGUGUUGGUUGCCUUUAAACCUGUACCACCUGCUGACCGACCUUCACCCCAACACGGCCAUGUUUCACUACGACAGCACGACAUUCUUCAUCUGCCACUGGGUCGCUAUCAGCAGCACGUGCUACAACCCGUUCGUGUAUUGCUGGCUGAACGAACAGUUCCGAGAGGAGGUUAAGGCCAGGUUUCGCUGGUGUUAUCACUACACGUUAAAGGUGCACCCUCGGACGGACACAGAGGGACUUCCCGAUGACGUGCAUCCAAUCAAACGCCACAGGCUGAGAAGUAGCACGCACAGCUCGAGUCGCACGAUCAGUCUCAGAAGGGAGACAAUUCUCACCCCAGAAAAAGAGGACUUUAGUCCCAUGCAUGUGUUGAUGUACAAGUACGAGAGUGCGGCACCUCAUAACGGUAAACAGAUAGCGAGAGACGAAGCUAUAGAGUUGAUACCAAAAUACGAAAAUGGAAAAGUGGAAUUCUUCGCCAUAUAG